AUGACCGGCCAGAAAGGCAUCCUGAACAGUGGCCAAACUCGUGCCGUCCAGACCAUUCUCAAGGAGGAGUUCGAGCCUUACAUCAGGACUCAUGAUAAAGAUUUCUCUGGAUACGCGACUGUCAGUGGCUGGGCGGGCGAACGCAAGAAGCGUAUAUUCUCCGAGCUUUCUGUCUUCAAGACGCAGGAGGUACAAGGCGAUCUUAAGCGAUACCGUCAGGCUGUGGACAGCAGGUUUCGCAACUGUUAUCACGCCAUGAAACAGCGGGCAAAUCCAUUUCGCGAAGCGGUAUUGAAGCUCUUUACCCCACGCACUACUGCCUUUGAUCUUUACGAAUGUGAUGUGGGGAAAGAGAUUGCGGAGUCGAUGGACGAAGUCAACCCCGAGGUUUAUCAGGGAGUUCUACAGAAGAGGUGGCUCGAUGAGGAUGAGGAGGUACGCGCUCGGUACGAGAAGAGCGUGGGUGUCGUCGCGUCAAACGUCGAACACAACCGGAAGCUGCUUCUUGCCAACCUUAAGUCCGCGCUGCAUACUCUAUGUCAAGAAGGCGCGCUUGGAGGCAUGAUGGCCAGCGUGGUGCUCGCGUAUCGCGAUGUCAGUGACGGGCAAGUUAGAUCCGAAGUUUGCGACGGGCGCGCGGCUGAUGAGAACCCCCGUUUCGGGGCCAAAGGCGCCGAGGAGAGCGCACUUUCGGCGCUUGAUACGGCAUUGUGCGAGUAUGCAGAUCAAUAUCUUCCCCGCCCAUCUCGCCGCUCCUCUUCCAUCGCGUCGCAGGAUCGUAUUCCUUCCAACCCUUCUGGAAUCCCGGUAUUUCCUUCGAUCAAUAUGAGAGGCAUGGUACUCCAGGAAAUAACGGAAACAGUUAUUCUGUACUGCGAAGUCUUGUGGAGUAUGCUCUCAAACCUCUCGAUGUCUUUGAGCGGGGAGCUGAUGCCAUUGAUAGAGUACUCGCGCUCACCUUACCAUCCCUGCGAACUGCCAUGGGAUGAUGUCAAUCUUCGCGGCUCCGAUUACUACGACGUGAAUCGCUACAGCUACAUGUGUUUCGACCAAAAAGCACUCGAGGACCCGGCGACUAUUGUUGCACUUGCAUCGAGUCUUCAGGAGCACUGCGGCAUCGACUCCCCGGACCCCUUUACAUUCAAGUGUUCAGUUCGUCCGGCGCCGGCGCCUACGGCGGCAGUUGCUCCUGCUCCCGCUCCUGCCGCUCCUACCAGUGCUCCUCGUGCUUCUACUAUUGCGCCCGAGCCUGUAUAUGAUUUCGCAUUGGACCCCGACCUUGCAUCCAUUACCUCCGAUCAGGACCCAACCACGAUCUAUGGUUCAAGCCACUCUAAUCAGCAAGUAGGAGAUCGCGUUCAUGAUCAACCCGCAUCAGCACGAUCGUCCUCCAUCACGAACCAGGUGGGCUCACCAGAGCGACUUGGACAGCUGGUCGAGGCCACGGCGCAUGCAAGCCAGCAACUUCAAGACGUAGGAUCGAGUCCGCCCCCUGAGCCUAAUAAGGCUGCUCGCUCCAGACAGAAGCGUCAGAGAGUUGUGGAACCUGACCGCCCUGAGCGAACCGGAUCAUCAAGUGAACGCACUAUGUAUGGCCUCUAA